AACCCUGCCUCCGUCCAUCAGCUGAAAACACAUCGAGGAGAGAGGAUGAAGAGCAGCAGAGAGAUUUGAGGAGGAAGAGGAGGAAGAGGUGGAAGAGGAAGAGGAGGAAGAGGAGGAAGAGGAGGAGGAUCAGUGUGAUGCAGCUCUGUGAUGGGAGAGGCAGACGAACACGAUGGGAAACAAACAAACAACCUUCACCGACGAGCAGCUGGAGGCGUUUCAGGACUGCACCUUCUUCACCAGGAAGGAGAUCCUGCGAUUACACGGCAGAUACCGUGAGCUGGCUCCACAUUUAGUCCCUCUGGAUUUCACCAACAGGCCCGACAUCAGAGUCCCUCCGACGCUCAUCGUCAGCAUGCCGGAGCUCAAGAGUCAGAAGGAGAACCCGUUCAGGGACCGGAUCGUUGAGACUUUCUCCGAGGACGGACUGGGGAACAUGAGCUUCAACGACUUUGUGGACAUGUUCUCCGCUUUCUGUGAAACGAGUCCACGAGAACUCAAGACCAUCUACGCCUUCAAGAUCUACGACUUCAACAGGGACAGCUUCAUAUGUAAGGAGGACCUGCAGAAGACACUGACCAAGCUGACUAAAGGGGACCUGUCCCCCGAGGAGGUCUCUCUGGUCUGUGAUAAGUCUCUGGAGGAGGCGGACCUGGACGGGGACCACAAGCUGUCCUUCUCUGACUUCGAGAACAUGGUAUCCAAGGCCCCGGACUUCCUGAGUAACUUCCACAUCCGGAUAUGACUCUGCAGAGAUGUUUUAGAGGACGGACGUCUCACUCGGACCUGUUUCCUGUCUCCAUGAAGCACAGACCAAUCAGAGGGCGUCCUUCUCCUGAUGUAGCCCCACCCUUUUCCCCACUUCCUGUUUAAUCUCUUAUGUCUCAGCUCUUCCUGUUAGCACUAGCAUCAUGCUUUUUCGUUUUUUCAUUAUUAUUUUCAGAAAUGAGUAAAAAUGUUGAGAUUUUUGAAUUUUUUGAGAAAAAGUCCAAAGUUUGAGAUUAUUAGAACAAUUCAGAAUUUGAUAAAAGUCUUUUUUCCACAUUCAAGUUUAACUCAAGACUUUGUCAUUUUGAGAAAAUAAUCAGAAUUUUUCGAUUUCGAGAGAAAAGUCAAAUUGUGGAGAUUUUGGAAAAAGUCAAAAUUAUGAGAUUUUUAGAAAAAGGUCGGCAUUCAGAGAAAAAUAUCAGUAUUUUGAGAUUUUCUGAAAAAGUGAAUAUUUUGAGUUCAUGUGGACACUUUAUAAUAACUCUCACUGACAGAAGACAAAGGUCCACAGAGCUGACAUUUAGAGACAACCAGAGACCAGCUAACCUGUCAGGGUGCUGUUAGCAUUUAGCUAGCACGCUGUCCAUCUUUCCAUCUAUUUAUCUGUAAAUCUAGCUAACGGUGGCUAUCUAGUUAGCUACCCAUCUAAAAAGCUAUGGAGUUGUUGUCUCUCGAAUGUAAAUCUGAGUUAUUAUUUACCCCCCAUGGUUAGCCUUGCAGUGCGGACCUGUGGCUUCGUUCAGUGAGAGUCAUUAUAUAAACAUUGUUGUUUUUGAUAAAUCACAUAUUGGUUAUAAUCUAAUAACAACAGGUGGCACUAAAGCUGGAUAAAGGGUUACUACUAAGCUAACUGAUAGCUGUUAUAGCACGAAGAACUAAGACAUUAUAGGGGACUGAUGAAGCUCCACAGAGCGGGGGACAUCAAGUGAACAGAGCAUGAGACGUCCUCUCUAAAGACAGACCGUCCGGAGACGUCCUCUCUAAAGAGAAACGGUCCGGAGACGUCCUCUCUAAAGACAAACCGUCCGGAG